AAGCGCCAAAUCAAUCGUGGUGCUACUAGCAUUAGUAACCUGUCAAUGAUGCAAGUCAUCAUUUUUCAACUCUGUAGGGGUUCAUGUACUCGGCUUAGUGUUGCACAAGAGAGUUUCGAGGUUAAGAAAGAACACUCCAAAACGCGUUUUAAUCCCAAUUCAACUAACCACACUUAUUUUCUUACUUUUAAUUUUAGUAAUAAUUUAACAAAAAAACCGGGUUUUACAGGAAGUUAAAUUUUGUCCAGUCGCAAAUGUCAGGAAACACAUCAGAUUCAUCGUUUCCUGGUAGUGCACGACGUAAAAAUCGUAAUCCACUUAGUGAUAAAGAUAUACCAUUUAUAUUUACUGCAUCUGACAAUAGUAGACAUGAUUAUUUUGACAAACAUGAUAAAGGAACUGCUUUUAUAUACGAUGAACGUAUGUUAUUGCAUAAGAAUAUAUGGUUUCCGAAUUUUGUGGAAUGUCCUGAACGUUUUUCUGCAACGAUAGAUAAAUGUACAACUUAUGGACUAUUAUCACGUUGUUUAAUAAUAAAUCCUGAACCAGCAACUGAUGAUUUGCUCACACUUUAUCACCAAACUGAAUAUGUUGAACAAAUUAAUCAAACAACAACAAUGGCAGAUAAUGAAUUAAAACAAUUAAGUGCUACAUUAGAUUCUGUUUAUUUUAAUAAGCAUACUGACCUCUCUGCAAGAUUAUCUGUUGGAUCAUGGAUACAAGCUAUUGAUUUAAUACAUCGGGGAGAUGUGAGAAAUGCUUUCUGUUUAGUCAGACCUCCAGGUCACCAUGCACUGACGAAUGAAGCUUGUGGAUUUUGUAUAUACAAUAAUGUAGCGAUCGCAGCGAAUUAUGCGAUUGAACAAUUGAAUUUCAAUCGUAUACUUAUAGUUGACUGGGAUGUACAUCAUGGAAACACUACACAAUAUGCGUUCUACGAUAAUCCAAAAGUUCUUUUCAUAUCAAUUCAUCGGUAUGAUAAUGGUGAAUUUUGGCCUAAUCUACGUGAAUCAAAUUAUGAUUUCAUUGGUACUGGUCGUGGUCGUGGAUUCAAUGUGAAUAUUCCAUUAAAUGAUAAAGAUAUUGGUGAUUCCGAUUACUUAACUAUAUUUCAUCGGAUUGUUCUUCCCUUGGCUUAUGAGUUUGAUCCAGAAUUAGUACUUGUUUCUGCUGGAUAUGAUUCUUCAUUUGGCUGUCCUGUGGGACAGUUAAAUCUUAGCCCUUCUUUAUAUGCUCAUCUUACGCAUAAACUUAUGGCGAUUGCUGAAGGGAAAGUUAUUGUCGGCUUAGAAGGUGGCUAUUAUCUCGACACUUUAAGUGAAUCAAUUGGUCAUACUUUGUCUGCUUUGUUAGGUGAUCCAAUGCCAUCUUUAGAUCCAAUGAAACCAAUCAAUCCAAGUGUUUUGGAAACAAUAUCCAAUUGUAUAUCUACGUUAAGUUUUCGUUGGAAAUUUUUACAUAUUUAUCCUCUAUUAAAUGAUAAUGUACCAUUCCCUGAUAUAAGUCAUUUAAAAUUACAAAGUUGGUCAGAUGUGAAAGUCCCAAAUUUUGAACCUACUGAUAAACAUCAUAGUGAUGAAGAUAGAUUAAGCAUAGAGAAAAGAUUUGAUUAUUUGAAAAGUACUCAUCCAAUUGCUGGUAACAAUAGAAUAUCUGGAACCUGUUUAGUUUAUGACAAUCGAAUGCAAAAUCAUAAGAAUGAGGAAGAUCCUACAUAUCCAGAAAAUCCAGAACGUAUCAAACAUACUUAUGCAGUUUUGAAACAACUUGGUCUUGCACGUCGUUGUAAAUGUAUUGAAGCACGUUAUGCAACUCGUACAGAACUAUUACGUGUACAUACAGAAGAUUAUGUGAAUACAAUAGCUUCAACUGUGAAAAUGGAACAAACAGCUUUGAAUGAUUUUGGUGCUUCAGAAAAUUCUGUUUAUUUCAAUUGUCAUACAUAUGACAACGCACUAUUAGCUAGUGGCUCUUUAUUAGCGGUUAUUGAUGAAGUUUGUUCAGGAGAGAGUUUAAAUGGUAUGGCAUUAAUUCGUCCUCCCGGUCAUCAUGCUUUAAAAGAUCGUUGUAUGGGAUUUUGUUUUUUCAAUAAUGUAGCAAUUGGAGCUAGACAUGCUCAACAAGUCUAUGGAUUAGAACGGAUUGCAAUUAUCGAUUGGGAUGUUCAUCAUGGAAAUGGAACAGCGGAAAUAUUUGAAGAUGAUCCAAAUAUUUUAUAUAUAUCAGUGCAUCGGUUCGACCAUGGACGAUAUUUUCCAAAUAGUGAUUUUAGUUCAAGUCAAUUUUGUGGUAUUGGUGAAGGUUUAGGUCGUACAAUUCAUGUUGCAUGGAAUGGGAGAGAUGUUAAAGAUGGUGAUUACAUUGUUGCUUUCACAAAUAUCAUCAUUCCAAUAUUAUAUGAGUUUCGACCACAGCUGAUUCUAGUUUCAGCUGGAUUUGAUGCUGCUCAUGGGGAUAAGUUGGGUAGAUUAGGUGUAUCUCCUGAAUGUUUUGCUCAUUUAACACAUUUAUUAAUGACAGUUGUACAUUUAAAUCCAUCUGUAUAUACAUUAAAUCAUCGAAAAGACUCACCAAUUAUAUCAACUCCAACUAGACAAACUCGUCAACGUUUACAACAAGAAAAAUCAAUAUCAUAUUCUGGUGGAUUAGUAUUAGCUUUAGAAGGUGGCUAUCAAUUAACUGCUUUAUCACAAUGUGUUGCUUAUUGUGUAGCUGCAUUAUUAGGUGAUUAUUGUCCACGUUUAGCAUCGAAUCUUUCCAUCUCUGAAAAAAGUUGUAAAUCAAUGCAACAGACAAUUGAAAUUCAUGCAAACUAUUGGAAUAUGCUUAAAGGUUUCGAUCCAGUGGAUCGUCUUUAUGAUCAAGAUUCAAUACGUCGUCCUGUAAUUGGUAGGAAUACUCGACAAAAUCCUCAAAAUACUACGACUACGACUCCUACUCCUAUUUCUAAUAGUAUUAAUACAACUAUUGAACUAAGUUGUUCAAGUGAUUUAGUUCAUUCAAAAUUAAAUAAUCUUAAUAUAAAUGAUAGACAAUUCAAUACAAAAUGUACAUCGACUCCUGGUGAUCAUAAUGAUAAUAAUUUAGAUGAUGAAUUUUCUCAAUUAUUUAAAACAAAAUUAACUUUAAAUGUUAAUUCUUCACUAAAUAAUACAAAUGAUAGGUUGAGUUCACCAUCAAUAUCUAAGCAACUAUCGGAAAGACAAAAUGUCCAUGAAGAGAAUUCUUAUGAAACGUUGAAUAAUAAUAGCGAAUCAACUGUGGCAAAAACUUCUGGAGUAGUCAUAGAUCCUUCAGAAUCUUAUCAACAACAACAGCAACAACCAUCGACGUCUAAUGGUAAUAGUUUUAUUUCAGAGGAUAUUCAUGAUUUCUUUGGAUUACCUUCUUCACAUGAAUUAACUCCGCAUGUGUUUGCUGUCACACCAUUAAGUUGGUGUCCUCAUUUAACAUUCGUUCAAAAUAAUCCUAAUUGGAAACCUGACAUAAACAGUUUAUGUAGUAAUUGUAAUCAUUCCAGUGAGAAUUGGGUUUGUCUAUCAUGUUAUGCAGUUUACUGUGGUCGUUAUGCAAAUUCACAUAUGAUUGAACAUUUUACAAUAACAAAACAUUCAAUUGUACUUAGUUAUGCUGAUUUAUCAACAUGGUGUUAUGAAUGUGAAUCUUAUGUGCAUAAUGAAGUAUUAUUCAAUAUGAAACGUGCUGUUUAUCAAGCAAAAUUUAGUGAAGAUAUGCCAAGUUCUUAUUGAAUAUCAUCUCUAUUCAUGAACUAGAAUAGUAUAUGUUUCAUCUUAUUGUAUAUUGUAUAUUUAAUUGAUUGAUUAUAGAACAGAGAAUUCCAAUCUUCCUUUAUGAUUAUUUCUUCGAUGGUUUUUACUUCUUUUUGUUUCCCUAUUCACAAUGGAUACUUCAGCCUAUUGUAUCUCUAACUGAUAUAGAUCUCUUUUUUCUUGUGAAUGUAUAAUUCAAUAUGGAAAUGUUUAUUUAAUCUAUUUCUAUGAACAAUACUACUACUACUAAUACUACUAUAUUAGUAGUAGUAGUAGUAGUAUCCAGUUUUAUCUGUUUUAAAAUCAAAUGAUGAAUAGAUUUUUAUUAUUUAAAUAUAAUUCAAUGAAAUU